AUGCCGAAGAAGAACCUAGGCGUGAACAGCAAGGCCGUCGAGGCGAAGGCGCGCAAGGACACCGUUCGCAAGGCCAAGGAGGAGCAGGUGGCCAAGGCGAAGGAGGACGAACUGUGGCGAGACGAUGACAAGCUGAUCUCGCGGAAGAUGGACCGAAAAGCGGAUGCGGAGAAGAAGAAGGCAGAGGCGGCGGCGAGGAAGGCGCAGAACCGGGCCGCCCUCGAGGAGGAGACCACCCAGCUGGCGGCGGCGGUGAGCAGCAGCGCCCUUAAAGCCGCCUCCAAGCCGGCCAAGGUGACCCGGGCCCAGAUUGCGAGCACCAUCAGCAAGACUGAAAAGGAGAAAGAAAAGGAAGCUAAAGCUCGUGAGCCAACACACCUCGAGCAGGAGGUGACGGAGAAUGUCAAUCGAAUCGAGGUGGACGGCGAUGAGGCGCGCAACAUUGACGAGGCCAUCUCCGUGCUCAGCAUCACCGACACCGAACAGCUGGACCGCCACCCUGAACGCCGCCUGAAGGCCGCCUACACCGCCUUCGAGGAGAAGCACCUCCCGCGACUGAAGGCGGAGAACUCCAACCUGCGCCUCUCGCAGCUGAAGCAGAUGCUGAAGAAGGACUGGCUCAAGUCGCCGGAGAAUCCGCUCAACCAGCGCUCUCUCGCCUACAACGCCAAAGCCUGA